UCCAUACAACCCUGUGCGUGCAGAUGAAAAGCAAAAGAUGGACUAAAGCGGGCGGUGCAUGGACUUGCAUUUCAUCCUGCAUCCUCUCUGGCAUGCCUCUUCUUGACCUAAAAUUCAUCUUGGAAGAGCUAACAUGGCUUAUCCUGAUACGUUAUUGUGCAACGGAAUGUGGAGGAGCACUUCUCCAAGGUCAAGGCCAAGAGCAAUGACAAAAGGACAGCAAGCAUAGGAAUCUAACAAACUUGAUUCUUUUACUGAAUUUGGCUCCACAUAGUUAGAAGCUUUGAGUCAAUUUAACCGCUUUGCAUAAAGUUGGUUGUCGGUUUUGGAUUGCUCCAAACAUUUUGAGCCUCUAUAAUUGGCCCUCCUGCAUGAUUUAUAAUACAAAUUGGGAUUUUGAUAUAUUUAUCCAUCCCUUUGUUUGACCCACUUUCUCAACAAAUCUCCUUCUCCUCACCUCUCCACCACACAAAUUUCCUUGGCAAAUUUUAUCGCUCUCCCUUGGUGCGUGCCCCCCCCGCCCCCCCAACUCUCUCUUUGUGCAUGCUUCUUUCUAGCUCUGUGCACCAUGGACAGCUGGGCCACCGAUCAUGGUAUCUUGAAACUAUCGAUUGUAAUCCUCUUCAUUGCUCACUUCACCGCUUGUCAAGUUGCAGUUAAGGCGGUGGUAGCUGAGGCAUCAUCAUCACCAACCCGAGGAUAUAAGCCCGUAGCCGUUGGGCCAACCGAGUAUCGCGUGCUUCAAGGCAACGCUGAUGAUGCACGGCGGAAGCUUGCUCCUUUCCAGCUGUGCUUGCUGUGCAAGUGCUGCACCACCAGCGCCGCCUCCACCUGUGCCACCAUGCCUUGCUGCUUUGGCAUCGACUGCCAGCUUCCUAACAAGCCCUUCGGAGUCUGUGCUUUUGUACCCAAGACUUGCAACUGUAAUUCCUGCUCUGCCUAAUUUGGCAAUGCCAAGUGAAGAAUCCAAUACAAGUUUACUCCAAUUCCGAGUCCAAAUGUUAUAGUUAGGGACUGUACAAAUAGUUCUUUUUUUUAUUUAUUUAUAAAAAGAAUUUUCUUCCGCUUCCAAAUUCCAAUAAGCUUGAUGGAAAAAGGUUGGGAACUUGUAAUUGUACACGUCAACCCACAGCUCCCUGUGGUUCAACUGAACAUGUAGUAGCAUGAUUCGUGGCUGUCAAGUCAACCAAAUUAUUAUAUAAUCAAAAACACAAAGCGACCAAACAUAACUCAA